AUGCAGUUCCACCACAUCUGGGUCUUCUUGCUGGUUUUAAUACAAAGUUCACUGACCGAAGCAGGAAAAUGUCCCAAAGAGUGCAACUGUGACGGCACAAAGCUCUCCGUAACCUGCAUCAGCAAGAACCUGACAGAGAUUCCAGCAACCAUCGACGAGAUCACAGUGAAACUCGACCUGAGGAAUAACAACCUGCAGCUGCUCUCCAGGGGUGCGUUUGUGCACACCCCGUACCUCACUCACCUCAACCUGCAGCGAUGCAACAUCGUCAAGGUGAAGGAAGGAGCUUUCCGCACGCUUGGCCGUGUGACCUCUCUGAACCUGGCCUACAACAAAAUCGACAUCUUGUACCAGGAGUCCUUUGACGGCCUCUCCUCCUUGAAGGAGCUGAUCCUGGACCAUAAUCGUAUCGAAGAGAUCCAACCUGGAGCUUUCAUGCAGCUGGGCUUUCUCAACAUGCUGACCCUCACCCACAACCAGCUGGUGUACAUCCCCAACAUGGCCUUCCAGGGUCUUCAAAGCAUCAAGUGGCUUCGUCUCAGCCACAACUCCCUGAACAACCUGGCGCCUGAGGCGUUUGCAGGACUCUUCACCCUCAAUCGAGUCAGCCUGGAUCACAACGAGCUGCAGUUCUUCCCCACGCUGACGAUGACGAGACUCCGUGAAGUCACGCGCCUGGACAUGAGCCACAACCCCAUGAUCUACCUGGGCGAGGAGUCUGUGUCCAUGGCGAAACUCACCCACCUCCACCUGAACCACAUGUCCCUCCAGGACCUGUCGGACCAGGCCUUGUCCGGGGCCCCGCUCCUCUCGCACCUGGACCUCAGCCACAAUCAGCUCCGCUACCUGGAGCCCCUUUCAGGCCCCAAGCAGCUGAGCAGCCUCAACCUGACCGGGAAUCCACUUUACUGUAACUGCUUCAUGCGGCCCCUGAAACAGUGGGCUCGAGCUGGCUCCGUGAGGCUGGCGGGAGCCUGCGCCGGCCCCCCACACCUCUCGGACGAGCCGCUGCAAGCUGUAGCUCCUGCGGAUCUGCGGUGCCGCAGCAGGACGGAGGCGCCGAAGGAGGAGGACGAGAAUGACGAUGAGGCCCUGAAAAGCAGUCCGUCCACGCCCACGACCACGACCACAGCCAAGCCCAAGCAGAAAGUCAAGUGUCCAGUUAACUGUCAGUGUGACGUGACCCAGCACGCCACAUGUGAGGGUCGAGGGCUCACCAGAAUCCCCCGAGGCUUCCCCGCCAAGACACAGCUGCUGGACCUCCGUAGUAACCACUUCCACCACCUUCCUGCCAACAGCUUCCCCGGAGCCGGCCAAGUUGUCUCUCUUCACCUGGAGUUCUGUAAAAUCCGUGAAAUUGAAGCCGGCGCCUUCCAGGCUAUGAAAGACCUCGUAUACUUAUAUCUUUCUGACAACGACCUGACGACCUUGGAGCGCAGAGCCUUCGCUGGAGUCCCGAAACUCACCUACCUCCACCUGGAGGGGAAUCGUCUGGCUCGGUUUCCUGGAUCAGCUCUUUCACUCUUACCAAAUCUGUUUGUGCUACAUCUGGAGCGAAAUGCCAUCUCCAAGCUGGAGCCCUCCGGGUUGCCUUCCUCUGUGACGCCGAAACUCAGGGAACUGUACUUGAGCAAUAACACUAUAACUAUGAUAAACAAGGGUGCUCUGGACUCUGCUCUCCUGGGGACUCUCCACUUGGACUCAAAUCAGCUGAUGGAGGUUCCGACCCACGCCCUGUCUGGCGCUCCGAAUCUGGAGGAACUCAACCUGUCUCGAAACCUGAUUUCCUGGGUGGGACCGAAAGCUUUUCAGCCCAUUUCCCAAAGUCUGAAGAGACUUUACAUGGAUCAGAUGGGAAUAAAGAAGAUGUCCAGAGACGCCCUGCUGGGUCUGGGAGCAGGACUUCGAGCUCUGACCGUGAGAGGAAACAAGCUGAAGGAGCUUCCCGACCUGAGUCCACUCACUGGCCUGGAGGUGGUGGAUUUGCAGGACAACCCGCUGGAGUGUGACUGUCUCCUGAUGCCUCUACGCAGAUGGAUGGAAAAUGUGGGUUUGGAGGUGAUUGCAACCUGUGGCCACCCUCCUGAGCUCCGAGGCAAAAAGGUUAAGGAUUUCCAAGUCUUCACAUCCUGCCCAGAAGAAGUCUCUCGUCCAGAGGAGGAAGUUAUGGUGACUUCAAGACCUCUUAAAAAAACUCCCAAGCUGAAGAAACCGAAACCCAGCUCACUGAAGUCUCCCAAGGCUCGGCCCACAAAAACCAAAGUUAAAGUGAAUAAACCAGCCAAGAAACAGCCUGCAAAAAAACCAGUGACACCGAAACUGUCCAAGAACAAGAACACGCUAUAUUAA